AUGAAGCUCGCCCUCGUCCUCUCCGCCCUCGCCGCCGCGGCCUCGGCCAACGCCUCGUUCUACCUCCAGCUCCAGAACACCGACCUCGUGAUCACGAUCAACACCUCCAAGGGCGAGCCGAUCCUCGAGUCGUGGCAGGACAGCAACAGCCAAUUGUUCCCCUACUCGAUGAACGUCAACGAGCCCCGCCUCCUGAGCACGCUGAGCACCGAGCUGGUCAUCGAGGCGACUUACUCCAACCCGCCCACCACGUUCCUCGAAGAAUACAAGGAGAGCAACUACUACCAGGGCUGGUACAUUGACGAGGCUGGGAUGGUGCACAACUAUCAGACCUCGGACUGGUGCCUCAAAGGCGUCCCCCGGUGGGACGGGAACUGGGGCACGAUCAACAUGGCUGUCUGCGACACGAAUGACAAGGCCCAGAGGUGGGUGGUUGGAGAGUCCGGCACGGCGCGCAGCGCGAAGCGCGGCUCGUCGGCCGCCGAGGCUGUUGCGCGCGCUGCAACCAAGCGCGACCAGGAGGCUUGA